AUGUCAAAUGGAUGAGAACGAGAACCCAUCACUCAUCUGACAGCAGACAGUUCGUCAUUUUUGGCAAUUUGGUUUGAAAAUUUGAUUCGUCGAUUGAGAGAUCAAUUAAAAAAUCCUCGGGGUAUUAACAAGUGGAUUAACAGGUUUUCAAGUGGGGACAGUGAGAGACAGAUGUUUUUAGAAAGUAAACAAGAAAAAAAGAAUCUUUGAGAAGUAAAUAAACAAUCAGAAUGAUUUUUUGUGGUGCUUGUGAGACAAAUGAUAAUUAUUCGCCUCGUAUCACGUCUAAAUCGAUGGAAUAGUGAAUUUCAUCGUAGGAGAGGGGAGCAACUACCCUGGAACGUAUUGACUGAAAGCCAAUCUUGAAAUUAUAACCUCCAAAAAUUAGUUAUUCUUGGACUUCUUGAAGGUUUUAAAGAAUAAUGGAGAACCCUCGAGAAUAAUCAACUGAAAUAGUCUUCAUCUUCUCUCUCAACAGAUCAACGAUGAUCAGCAUAUCCACGCCACCCUCAACCCCUGCAGAAACCCCUGAAUAAUACUUCCCAUUGUCCUGAUUAUUUACAAAACAUAACCUCACAAAGAUGAACAGCAUCGCAGGACAAUUUCGCAAGACGACGUGGGACCCCCUGUUGAUAAUAUCCCAGAUAACAGCUGUCCAGACAGUCCUGUACUUCUCCCUGGGCAUCUGGAUCUGGAUAAUAACGAUAUUCUUGGGAGCAACAAAAUCACUGGAUUAUGCAUUCCACUACAAAGAGAUUCACGUGAGAGAUCACGGGGGUAGACUAGUCAUCGCAAUAUUCGUGAUAAAUUCACUGAUCGGGGCUCUGGCACUCUGGUGGCUCGUCCAGAGGACCAAACAGUGCAUGGACUUCACCUGCACUGCCCACUUGAUCCACCUAAUCUGCUGCUGGGGAUAUAACUCCAGUUUUCCGACUACUUUCAGCUGGUGGUGCCUCAAUAUCGUGUCUAUGACCAUCAUGUGUGUCUGUGGCGAAUUCCUGUGCAUGAGGACUGAACUCAAGGCCAUUCCUCUGGGCAUGAACAGCCAGAAAACUGCCUUGUAACAUUUUUUUUUUAAUUUUGAAGGGGUUGUGAUAAGGAGUGGUUGAAUUGAAGAUAAUAAAUUUUGUUAAAAAUUUACUGAAUUGAAGAUUUUUUCUUCGUUUACUAGCUGGACAUUCUCAGACAGUUGUAUGAACCUUUUAAGGGACUAAUCGAAUUCUAAACAAUUUUUUUAAAUUGAGAUUUUAAGGGAAUCUUUUGUACUACGGGCAAACAGUCAGAGAACUGUCUUUUAAUUAUUAUUUUUUUUAUUUUGAAGAAAAUCGGGAGAUUGUGAUGCCAAAGAGUGAAUCCAAGAUAAUAAAUUAUCUAAAAUUUAUUCUAAGAAAUUGCAUUUCUUUGUUUUCAUCCACGAUUUUCUCUAAAAGGAAUUUUUGAUUUGUUAGAUUGAUUUGAAGUUAGAUUUGAAAAUAGCACAGUUCUUUCGUCUAUAUUUAAUCCAAUUCCUAACCUACAAUCGAAUUGACUAGUGACACGACCACAUUCAGGUCCCCCACCUCUGGAAGGAACCGACUAGUCGACCUAGUCUCUUCCAAUGAGUAUAUAAUCACCGAAAUAAUCAUCCUGUCUAAUUAUCAUCACCUGUGUUAUCUGCACUAUGUCUAGACUCCCCUACGAGACAUCAACAUAUUCACCAAUUUCUUUGAAUGGGUAAAGUCCUCGGUUUAACUGUCAUUGAGAGGUUAUCCCUGUCAUAACAAUGUUAUCGAGUAUCGUAAAGGAGCACCAGAGUAAGCAGCACGCGAGGAGGGAGGUCCAAG